AUGAAUCAACGGCUCUCCCUUCUUCUCUUUGCCUUUUGUUUCUUCGCUUCUUUUGCGUCGGCACUCAAAUGCUAUGCAGGUUAGUAUGUUCCACGUGUGUCUCCCGAUAAAUUACGGGUCUGAUAAGAAAACGGGCACACAACUAGAAGCCAACUAAUUGGAGACGAUAACUUAAUCAAUUGGCAGGUAGCCGCGGAUACGUUAAAGACAAGCUUUCCGAGCAGUUUGUGGAGGAAAGUUGCGAUCCCGGAAUGCAGUUCUGCAUUGAAUCCUACAAUACCGAAUACGAUGAAGUGACGGCGAAUUGCCAGAGAUUGGCCACGAGCCGCCGAAUUCUGACCAUCUGUGAGGUACUUUACACGGGCGGUUCACGUGGACAAAUGUGACAUUAGAAUAUGGCUUCCAAAAAAGAAAAUAUUAAAGCUUGACGCCAUGGCGAUCUUCGGCUUUGCACACAUUACGUAGGCAUCACCGUGGUUCCCGGGGUAAUGAAGGAGCUCGUUCAGAUCUGACUCUUUGCAAUCCGAACUGAUAUCUGAUCGAAACGUGACUGUGCUCGCUGCACUUUCCUGGCAGCCAAAACGAAUUAAUCAGAGGAAGAGAGAUGAAGAAAACAGAAAAGUGACAGAGAGAUUCUCACGCACAAACCAUAUUUUGGCUCACUGAGCUUUAGAGUUCAGUCUCUGCUCUCAAAAAUAGUGCACUGGAGUCAGCAGCAGAUGGCAAUUUCUGCGAUCUUUGAAGCGAGAUCCCACGGACGAAUCAGACUAGAGUUAAGGCAUCUGAACGAGAAGGUUUCAAGUAAACGAGGGGUUCAGUGAAAUCAUAAAUGUUUCCGGCGAGCAAAAAACUAAGCCGUUUCUAACACUUCUAAUCGGCCAAGCGUGUUAAUCUCCCAAAACAAUUCCGAAAAGGUUCGUUGAUUCUCUGGUUUUUGAUUCCAGAGUGGUAAAGCGGAAACGAACAACGAUGUGACCACCAGAUGCUGCACCGAAUCGUUGUGCAACAGUAAGGGACUGCUCGGGCGCAAAAAGAACGGAUCGCAACCGAUAAACAAUUGAAUAUCACUGUUUUUUGAUCCUUGGCUAUUCUAAUUUGGACCCUGUUAACCAAUAAAAUUCUAAUUUUGUUUGAUGCGAAUUGAUAACAGUGGGCGAGUACAGGCUCAUAAAACUGCGAGUUUCCGAUAAGCGCUUGCCAUCGGUUUGCUUUCAGUUCGGCCGACAGAGACGAGACUGAGAUGGCGCCUUCGAUGAAGGCCCUCUGCUUGCUACUGCCACUCCUACAAGCAGGUAAACUCCCGACGGAACCUCCGAUUGGCAAGUGAGCCUUUUCAGUUGUGGGUGAGCAGUAUGAGAUCCGUGGAAACAUCGAUUUGAUCAACUCGUACGACAUCAAUCCGCAGUACUAUGACGAAGUUUCGUUCACCGAAAAGCUGGAAAAAGUGUCCGAGAGGGUAAGUGGACCUGGUCCCUCCCAGUAACUCUUUUAUACUGUUUAGAUGUCCGAGAUUAUUGGCCCUGAUUUCGAAGAUUUCUUGGUGCACGACUACAAGAUUCACGGCCUUGACACGGCUGUUUUCCAUGCUCGGCUCAGUCUUGUGGCCUCUCCAACCGUGUCCCGCCAGGAUAUUAUCGAUCGAAUUGCUGCCACUGACGACGUGCAAAUAUACUUCUUGCGAAAGAAUGGUAUGAUUGAACUGACUGCGCUCUUUCCGACUUUCUUCGCCGGUAGCACCGCCAAUCUUAUCGACAUUCUAGUUGUAAAAUAUUGCAUUUUUGAAGGCGCACCAGUAGUUGCGUCAGAAUGAGCAGCAAAGAGCACAAAUAUCGGUUGCAGAAUUUGAAGUGCAGGGGAAUGUGGGCAAGAGAUUCCGCGUCGAGAGAGACGAUGUUGACCACUGUUUGCACGGAGGAAUCCUUCUCCCAAACGCCACGUGUUCGUGCUCUCCGUACUAUUCUGGGGCCAACUGUGAACUUGUUUCGUAAGGAAUUUCAGAAAGAGAAAUACAAAUAUUGUAUGAGUUCAGUUGCCGCAACAAUGGAAUCGGAGAGAGUGGCAGAUGCUCAUGUCCGCCCGGAUUGUAUUCGGCGCACUGCGAAGCCAGUAAGCCCCGGAGUUCAAAUAUGAGUUUUCAUAGUUUUGUUCAGGGAAGUGUGUGACUCAGAUCGACUCGGUCGUCGACUUCUCCUCUCAAUCGUUUAUUCUCGUUAUCAACACACGAACUUCGAUGGCUUACGAUCUGAACGCUGUUAUCGAGAACGUUCCCACCCUGAUCAACGACUACACCAACCUCGGAAUCGCUGUUUCCAGCUACAUUGUCACAGUUUAUAGAUACUCCAGUAAAAGAAAACAGAGAGAAGGUUUAUGAGAAUCUCAAUUAUUUCAGAAUCCGUUUAUUUCAUGGAGACGAAUUCUUUCGAUAACUCUCAGGGACUCCUCGACUACCUCCACGGAGUGACCAUUGCUCCUUCCACUGACGAUCAGCCCCAUCUCGAUGCUAUCGUCAGUGCUCAGUCCACGUAAGUUCGUUCUCAAAAGGAAAUGCCAAAAUAACGUUCAGAUUCACUUCGAUGCGUGCCAAGUCGACUGUCUACGUGUUCGCAGACUCUGAGAACACUCUUGAUCCGACUCCUUCCACCAAACUCAGCAACACAAAUGAAAGUCUGGUCAUUCAACAAACACUUUCAUGGAGGAACAAGGUGAGUGAACCCUCAGAGGUCUGAACAAACCUCCUCCCCUUCAGAUCGUCCUCGUCCUUUCCCAAUGGUCCGCGACUCCACUUGUCGCUUCUGGAAACUACUUUGAUGUCCUUCGCCGCGUUGUGACUGCUGUUCACGGAGAUCUUCUUGUCGUCGACAAAACUGAGCUCAAAGAGGUUCAAAAAAGACUGUUUCAUUCAAGUUCUCAUUGACUUUAGGUUGUUUCUCAUCUGUUGUUCUACACAAUCGGCGGACAAAACACCUACGUUCAAUACUAUAACAACUUGAUCAAAACUAUUCCGAUUCUGUCUGAUAACCCGACGGAGAACUCUUACAUUUUGUUGAGUACUGAAAAUGGCGUUUCGGGUGAGUUUCGGGUGCAUUUUCCUCUUCUUUUAGUUUGUUUAUUUCCAGUUCCAAAUGUGCAAAACAAGAACGGACAAACACUGGUUCCAACUUCAUCUGGACAGAGAUUUGCGGUCAGAGUUAUCCUGUGAACUUCACUUUUCAUUUUCUGUCUUUCAGCUGUAUGUAAUUCAACAAUCAGUCAGCGACUCCAUCACCAUCACUGGCGACAAUGUUCCUCUGCAUAACACCCGUGUCUGGUUCAAGUCUCAGAGUGACGUCCUCAUCUCCUAUUCUGAAGACGACACCGUUGACAACAACUACGCUCACACCUUCAACGGAUUCAACCAACGACCAUCUCUCUACUCUUCCGUGGCUUCCACAACUGCAUUGUCCGUUUCCCGAUUGAGCUCAUUUGACUCUUCAAUCAUUCUCGCUGCUGCCGCUUCUCAGGCCAAAGCAUCUUCUUGCAUUUUCCCGUUCCAGCUUGAUGCCGUCACCUCCUGCACUCCUGGUCCGUUCGUUCAUAACGUUGAGGUCACAACUUCCAGCGGGAAGAGCUACCGUGUUGUUCCAGGAUAUUGCUUCACACCAGGUAUUAUACAGCUCUCCGUCUUUCACUUUUCUUCCUUUUUCAGAUAGCCACACGGCUGCGCCAUGGUCCUGCCUGAACAACGGAACUCGUGCUGGAACCUCAAGUUGUCAAUGCGCUGCCAACUGGAACGGUCUACACUGCGAAGUGCCAAUCUGUCAGAACGGAGGAAGCGUCGAUCGAUUCCCAAACGGAGGAGGUCACGGAAACUGCAUUUGUCCGUUUGGCGUCUCGGGAAGCUUCUGCGAGAUCUGUAAGUUGUCAAAAAUGAAUGGGUAUCCUCUAAUAAGUAAAGUUUCAGUGACAUGCAGCUCGACCUCGCAAGAUACGUUUGAGUCUUACAACCGUUCGUUUGCGAUUGUCGUUCAAAACUCUCUGUCCGCAAACCAAGCCCUCAUCAGACUGAAUGACGGUCUCCGAGCGAUGCUCUAUCAAGGCCAGUCCACUGAUUUUGAAGAUUACAUUCUGACGACGUACAAGACCUCAAUGGUCCAAGGAGCACCUUCCCCGGUCAUCUUUUCGACCAAAUUCAGUUCAGCAUCCGCAUUCCUGAAUGCCACCACAGACGACGGAAUCGGCUAUUCGUAACUACCUAUUGUUUUAAUGCCUAUGUUCUUGGUUUCAGAUAUUCGCCAACUGGUGCUCAACCUGGACUCUUCGCAUUGGAAACUACUCUGAAAUCAAUGGAUUACGACAAAUCGUCCAUCUUCUUAUUCGCCGAUUCGGAAUCUCAAGUUAUUCAGAACACAAUGAACUUCACUGAUAUUGUGUAUGUUCUUCCCGUCUCUGUCUCUGUAUUAUUUCCAUUUUUCCAGACAAUCCGCAGUCGAGCGUCAAAUUGAGAUCUCUGUAGUAAUGAUUCCGCCGUAUGGUUCCACAGAUCUCUGCCCCGACGCCGGUAAAUACGAAAUCUAUGAGAUUCUCGCAAAACAAACUGGAGGAAACUUCAUCAACUUCUGCCAACCUUACACAACCAGCGGAGACCCAGUCUUCAAUGUAUUCAUGCUCUUCCUCAUUCUUCCCAUUCCUUUUAUCAUUUCCAGUUCAUCGCUUCAUACGGUAGCACUCAUCAUCACACCGAGAUCGUUGCUUACUACAGCGUUCCCGACUGCUCCCUCUUCACCACUCGCGACUUCUACCUUUCAAGUUCGAGCAAUGAUGCCUACGUUGUCGUUUAUUCUCGUCAGUCGUAUCCUUUCGAAAAACUUCAUUCCAAUUGUUCAUAUUUCAGCAACCAUCCAGAACUUCAGUGCUCAAGUGGUCGAUUCCUCCACUGGAACCCCGCAGUCUCUCGUUGCGGACUCCCACUCAGUGCCUUUUUUUGCCAGUUACCAGAUCAAACUCGGCACGACUUCCUCGUUGAAGUACAAACUGACGGUCACUGCAGACACGAAGGCGCAGUGCUUCAUCCGAGUCACCGAGCGCAGUCAGUUCUCCUCGUAUCUCGGAUUCUCUCCCGAUCCAUCCGUCGACCGGUACUCAAAGGAUCUCACCUAUGCGACCCACCAACAGCCAGUAAUCCACCUCUCUUCUACUCUGCAGUCCGAUCCAACAAUCGAAGUGAUCAGCUACGAUAACAACAACAACGUUGCCUUCCACUCUCAAUUCGUGAAACGAACCUCUGGAUGCAAGUACGAGUACAUUAUGAAUGACCAAUUCACGUGCGAAACCGCUGGAGAUACGUUUACAUUGGAGACGACGAUCACCACGAAUGAAGUGACGAUCAUGAGAACGCAGCGAGCCUUCUGCAGUGAUCUCGUCGGAUGCAUCAACGGAGGAAUCAUGUUGGGAGGGGUGUGCCAAUGUGUAAACGGAUACGGAAGUCUGCACUGCGAGUACCCGACUUGUCAGAACGGAGGAACUGUCCACGACUUCAAGUGUCUCUGUGAUGCGAAACACGACGGAGACGUCUGCCAGUACACCAAGUGCAACGACUGGAACUUUGUCGAAACUCACGACCCGAGAGAGUACAACUUCCAGCAAAUUGUGUUCGUCGUCGAAAUCAACACGAAGAACAUGGUUCUGCCGAACUCUUACCUUCAGAAGAACAUCCAGGCAUUCGUGGAAUCGACCGAUGACAUCCAGAUGCCGAAGCAGUACACUCUCAUCACUUACGACGAUUCCACCAUUCGCACCGUCGUCUCUUCCACCCACAAGGACAUAUUUUUGGCUGCAUUCCAAAAGGGAAUAACCAUCGGAAUCAACACUCCAUCUAAGGUGAAAUCGCUAGAAGCAAUCAACACUGCGUACUCGACGCUCGUUGAUCUUCCUGGAAUCGUCUAUGUUUUCACUUCCACCGACUCAGCGAGCAACCUGGCGGCUGUCAAGCAACGAUUUGGUGUUCAGGUUUCGGGAUUUUGAGUCUCAUCUUGAUCAUUCCAUUAUUAUAGGUCAACAUUGUGUGGCUCGCCGCAGACGCUAGCAAUCUGAUCCCGUCCAACUUGAACUAUUACAUGUCUGCCGUCGCGAGACAGUCGAACGGAAGAAUCCUGACAGUCAACUCUCUCCUCACGCCUCAGGUAUUUUUACCCAUCUAAUGAGAACUUUCUUAUCCGAAUCUUCAGAUCCUCACAGCGUUGGUUCCAACAGUCAAUGAAAAUCAGUUGGUUCUGGACGAUGCGGCAAAGGACUGCUCUGCUGGUGUGAACUUCCAGUUCCCAGUUGGAAACUUGGCCACAACUCUUACUCUGGUAGCAACUGGAGGCUCUGGAAUUUCGGUUUCUGUCACUGACGAAAACUGUGAGCAUAGGUUCGCAUCUCGUCGAAAAUUAUGUUUAUUUUCAGCGAGCAAUGUUGUUUUGACAAACUCCUCCACGUUCACCGACACAAACACAUUGAUCAGAACUAUCAGUAAGAAAUGAGAAAGAGACACUAACAUUUUUCAAGACAUUUCAGGCACCGUCAACCACAAAGGAGGAGUCUGGAAUGUGAAUGUGAAGGGAACUGGUUCAUGCUACCUCCAAGCCCGUGUCAAUUCACCACUUCAAGUGAUUCCCCGCUUCACAAACGACCAAGGAGACGAUUUCGCAAGUGGAACACCAAGAGUCGGAGCGGGAAGCAAUGCCUCCUCGUACAUCACCUUCCGAAUCAUGGACAGUUAUAACUCUGACUCCAACAACUACGGAUCUUCGAUCAUUUCUGUCGAGACGUCGGACACUGAUCCAGAGGCUCCUUGGUCCUUCAGCUCCGGUUUCCAGAACUCGACAGUCCUGCCAAGAGACCCGAUCGGGUGUGCCAGUCAGUUCGUCACUCCGCUCAUCUCCUGGUCUACGAGCUACAUGAAGUUCAUCGUGCGUGGAAAAGACUCGAAUAAUAACAACUUCCAACGCACUUUCUUCUUCAACAAAAAUGCAAACAGUUCUGGUAAUCCGACCACAGUUUGAUUGUUGUUCAUUUCUGCAGUUUACAGACUGCCAAAACGGUGCGACUGCUGACAACUACGGAUUCUGUCUAUGCGAUAUGAAUCACAUCGGAAACUUGUGUCAGAUGAGAGUGUGUCAGAACGGAGGAGUCUCUGCUUACGGACUGUGCGACUGUCCCAAUGGAUACUACGGAGACUAUUGUCAACAAUGUGAGUUCGAUGGGGAAUGAGUCUGACGAACCGGAAUAAUUUCAGAUAUCUCGGCGUGA